CCACGAUUGAACAUACUUGGAAUAAUUGUUCGUUUCCUUUGAUGUGAUUGGAUACUUUGUGGAAGAGUUCACCUGUCAGAACAUGCGAGAGUGUAUUUCAGUUCACAUCGGACAAGCCGGAGUUCAGAUUGGUAAUGCGUGUUGGGAACUGUACUGCUUGGAGCAUGGAAUCCAGCCUGAUGGCCACAUGCCUAGUGAUCAGACCAUUGGUGGCGGAGACGAUUCCUUUAACACUUUCUUCAGUGAGACUGGUGCAGGAAAACACGUUCCCCGAGCUGUCAUGGUAGAUCUUGAACCUGCGGUUGUUGAUGAGGUCCGUACUGGUUCAUACCGCAACUUAUUUCAUCCCGAACAGCUGAUAAGCGGCAAAGAGGACGCCGCUAAUAACUAUGCUCGUGGGCACUACACUGUUGGAAAAGAACACAUCGAUCUUGUUCUCGACAGAAUCAGAAAACUGGCAGACCAAUGUACCGGUCUUCAGGGAUUUCUCAUUUUCCACUCUUUUGGCGGCGGAACCGGCUCUGGGUUUACAUCUCUUCUCAUGGAGCGUCUAUCGGUUGACUAUGGCAAGAAGUCUAAAUUAGAAUUUUCUAUUUACCCCUCCCCCCUGAUAGCCACUGCAGUAGUGGAGCCGUACAACUCGAUUCUUACGACUCAUACCACCCUGGAGCAUUCUGAUUGUGCCUUCAUGGUCGACAACGAGGCCAUUUAUGACAUCUGUCGUCGCAAUUUGGAUAUAGAGAGACCCACCUAUACCAAUCUCAACCGACUGAUUGGUCAAAUUGUGUCCUCAAUUACGGCUUCUCUGAGAUUUGACGGAGCGCUGAAUGUGGAUUUGACGGAAUUUCAGACCAACUUGGUGCCAUACCCUCGCAUCCAUUUUCCUCUUGCCACAUACGCGCCAGUUAUAUCAGCUGAGAAAGCCUAUCACGAACAGCUGAAUGUAGCCGAGAUUACGAACGCUUGUUUUGAACCAGCCAAUCAGAUGGUCAAAUGCGAUCCACGUCAUGGGAAAUACAUGGCAUGUUGCCUGCUGUUCCGUGGAGAUGUGGUACCAAAGGAUGUGAAUACCUCUAUAGCUACUAUUAAGACAAAGAGGACCAUACAGUUUGUCGAUUGGUGCCCAACUGGAUUUAAGGUUGGAAUCAAUUACCAGCCUCCCACGGUCGUUCCAGGCGGUGAUCUAGCUAAGGUACAACGUGCCGUUUGCAUGUUGAGCAACACGACAGCCAUUGCAGAGGCCUGGGCUCGAUUGGAUCAUAAGUUUGACCUGAUGUACGCGAAGCGUGCGUUUGUCCAUUGGUAUGUGGGUGAAGGCAUGGAGGAGGGAGAAUUCUCGGAGGCUCGCGAAGAUCUCGCUGCCUUGGAAAAGGAUUACGAAGAAGUGGGAGUGGAUUCUCUUCAGGAAGAAGGGGAAGCUGUUGAAGACGAAGAAUAUUAAAGCUAACAUGUCUUA